AUGACGAAAAUGAGGCGUAGGAGGAAAUCGUUGCGGCCUAAGAAUCUUGGGCGACCAAGGCAGUUGAAGAGAGGGAUGGAGGUGGGGUUGGAACGGAAGGCGAUGGGACGGCAGAGCAUUAGGUGUAGUUGUGAGGAAGGUUGGCGAGGGGAAUCUGGACGUCCGGCGAUGAACCUAGAUCUGAUCGGGUGCGAGGAAUGUUGGCCGCGAGGAAGAGUUAAAAGUCAGUCAACUCUAAUCACUGCCUCACACCUUCAUCACCAUUUCAAUAUCAUGGCUGCUGCUGCUGCUUCGUCCUCUUCCUCCUCUUCCUCUUCACUUCCUCCCAAGAAACAUGAUGUGUUUCUUAGUUUCAGAGGCGAGGACACUCGCAGAACGUUCACCAGCCAUCUCUUCACUGCUUUGUGCAAAAGGGGAAUUCGAACCUACAUAGAUAAUGAGCUCAGAAAAGGGGAUGACAUCUCAGACUCACUCAUCCAGGCAAUUAAAGAUUCAAGUAUAGCUAUGGUGAUCUUCUCUGAGAACUAUGCCUCCUCAAAAUGGUGUUUGAAUGAACUUAUCCAGAUCCUUUGGUGUAAAGAGGUCCAAGGACAGCUUGUUUUUCCUGUCUUCUAUCAAAUUGACCCAUCUGAUGUGCGCAAUCAGAGGCGAACUUACAUGGAGGCAUUCGCAAAACACGAAAGAGACUUCAGGCUUAAUCAAGAGAGGGUGAACAAGUGGAGACAAGCUCUCUUUAUAACUGCAAAUUUGUCUGGCUGGGACUCUCGAACCUUUAGGGACGAAUCAGAACUCAUUCAAAACAUUGUCAACCACGUUCAGCAAAAGAUUAACCUCAGUUAUCCAAGUUCAUUGAUGGGUCUUGUUGGAAUUGAUGAAAAUUGUAGCGAGAUUGAAAGGUUACUGGAAAAAGUCCCAAUAAUUGGAAUUUGGGGUAUGGGUGGUAUAGGCAAGACCACCAUGGCUAAGGCUUUAUUUACCAAACUCUCCUUCAAAUUUGAGAGCUCUUGCUUUUUGGAGAAUGUAAGAGAAGAGGUAGAAAAGCAAGGAUUGACAUGCGUACGCAACAACCUUCUGUUUGAGCUAAUGAAGGAAGAAAGUUUCCCUUAUAGGCCACCUAAUGUUGCAAGUAACGCCUCUGUUAUGAGAAGACUAAGUUGUAAAAAAGUCUUCAUAGUGCUUGAUGAUGUUAGUAGUUGGAAGCAAUUAGAAUAUUUAGCUCCAUAUUGUGACUACUUGGGACCAGGCAGUAAAGUCAUCAUUACAACAAGGCAUAAGCAGUUGCUUGUAAUUGCAGCAGUUAAUGAAAUAUAUGAGGCCCAACCUUUGAGCAAUCGCAAAUCUAUUGAGCUCUUCAACCUCAAAGCCUUCCGCUCAUACCAUCCAGAAAUUGGAUAUGAAUCCCUCUCACAAAGGAUUGUUCAUUAUGCAAAAGGCAUCCCUUUAGUUUUGGUAGUAUUGGGUUCAUUUCUUCGUUCAAAAACUCCAAAGGAAUGGGAUAAUGCAUUGUCAAAACUAAAAAAGAGUCCCAAUGAAGACAUUCUAAAAGUUUUGAAAUUGAGCUUUGAUGGAUUAAAUUAUGAAGAGAGGGAAAUGUUCCUAGACAUUGCAUUUUUUUUGAAGGGUCAAGAGAAAGAACAUGUGAUAACACUAUUAGAAAGCUUUGGUUUCCAUGCGAGAAUAGGGUUAGAAACCCUUGUAGAUAGAACUCUUAUAACUAUUGAUCAAAGCCAGGUACUCAUGCAUGACUUAGUAAAAGAAAUGGGCUAUGAAAUUGUUCGUCAAGAAUGUAUUAAAGAACCUGGAAAACGAAGUAGAUUAUGUGAUCCAGAAGAAGUCCAUCAUGUGUUGAAAAAUAAUACAGGAACUGAUGCAAUUGAAGGCAUAGUGUUGGAUCUGUCCAAGAUUAGACAUUUACACUUGAGCAUUCACACCUUCAAAAAGAUGUCUAAUCUAAGAUUUAUAAAAUUCUAUUCGCUCAAGGAUAGGAGAUCUUGUAAGGUGGACCUGUCUUCUGGCCUUGAAUUAUUAUCUGAGCAAUUAAGGUACCUUCAAUGGGAUGGUUAUCCUUUGGAGUCUCUACCAUCUUCAUUUUGCCCAGAGAAACUUGUUGAACUUUGCAUGCGAAACAGCCAAGUCAAAAAACUUUGGGAUGGAGUGCAGGAUUUUGUGAACUUGAGGGGAAUAAAUCUUGCUGGAUGCAAGCAAUUAAUAGAGCUACCUGAUUUUUCGAAAGCACGGAAUCUUAAAUCGGUGGAUCUUGAAUCAUGCGAAAGUUUGUGUGAUGUUCACCCAUCCAUCUUAUCUUUACAAAGGCUUGUUACUCUGAAUCUUGAAAAAUGCAUUAAACUGAAGAAACUUCGUGGUGAGAAUCCUCUACAGUCUCUCGAAGAGGUCCGUCUCAAUUGGUGCUUUAGUUUGACAGAAUUUUCAUUGUCAUCAGAACAAAUCGCAAGUUUAGAACUAGAAACUACUCGCAUUGAGAUAUUGGACUCAUCAAUUGGGCAUCUCAGUAAACUUAAACAGUUCAGUCUUGAUGGGUCAAGACUGAAGAGUCUUCCAAUAAAUGAGUUAUGCUGUUUAAGAUCUCUAAAGGAGCUACGGCUUUCUAAUUGUGAACAAGUAAUUGACAAACUGAAGCUGCAUAUGCUGUUUGAUGCUUUGCGGUUUUUACAAAAACUACAUUUGGAUGGGUGUCGGAACUUAAUUGAACUUCCUAGUAAUAUCAAGCAUCUUUCAGGGCUAAAAGUUCUUUCUUUGAAGAAUUGUGAUAGACUACAAUCUCUACCGGAGCUUCCACCAUCCAUCGAAGAAUUAGAUGCCACCGCCUGCCCGUCAUUAGAGACAAUAACUCUCACUUCUGAGAUGGAAUAUUCAUUGUCGCCAGAAGAAGGAACGGCGCCUUUAACACCCUGUUCCUCGCCUGGGUAUCUUAUGAAACUUAGAAAGCUUCGCCUUAAUGUCUCAAGUCUGAUGAAUUUUUCAACUGAGCAGUUAUGUUAUUUGAGAUCUCUUAAGGAACUUACUCUUCUUGAUUGCGGACUAGUGAUUGAUAAGUUAAAGUUGCACAAGUUAUUUGAUGCCUUGUGCUCUUUGGUAGACUUUUAUUUGGCAGGAAGUAGUAACUUGUAUGAACUUCCUGACAACAUCAACUCCUUAUCAUCAUUAUAUCUAUUGGGAUUGGCAGGAAGCAAUGUAGAGUACUUGCCUUCCGGUGUCAAGCAUCUUCUGAAGCUAGACUACAUUUACUUGACCGGUUGUAGGAGGCUUCGGUCUCUACUAGGACUCCCACCAUUCACUAGAUACGUAAAGGCCACUAAUUGCUCAUCACUGGAGGUUGCAUUCCCUUUAACAACUUCUAGGCCGCUACGGAAAUAUCUGGUGGAGUCCCUUUUUCUUGAAAAUUGCUUGAAGUUGGGGGCGCAUUCACUUUCCUGUAUUGAGGAAUAUGCUUAUUUGUCGUUGAAGCGAGCAGCAUAUCUCAAUCGACCUGGUGCUUUUUGUUACCCAGGGAGAAAAAUUCCAGAGUGGGUUAGAUAUAACCAGGCAACUAAGGCUUCAAGUUUCAUAACCCUUGAACUCUCUUCAGCUGUGAACAACUUUUUGGGCCUUGUUUUCUGCUCGGUUCUUCCUCAGUUCCCAUCAAACCCAAACUGUCAGAGUUACCUGAAAUGCCAAAUAUAUUUUGAAGAUGGUGAAGAAGUCAAAGGCGAGGUUGACGAUAUGUGGAUAACAGAGUUAAAUUCGCAUCAUGUUUUUCUAUGGUAUGAUCCAAUCUACUCUGUAUGGAUUUUAAGGGAACUUAUAGAAAGAGAGGAUGAUCAAGGCAUUAGAGGUAACCCUAAGCUUUCGUUUGAGUUUUCUGUUGUCUCUUAUGAUGAGAAUUACCGUGCAACCAAACAUGAUUUGAUAGAAGCAUGUGGAGUUUGCCCAGUAUAUGCUUCAGAAUAUCACAGUUUCCUUCAACGGAUGGAAUAUGGGUUGGAUUUGGAUAGCCAAAAAAAGAGUGGUUGUGAUGAUGAUGAGCAUUCGCUUAGUGGAACUGUGGAAUAUGCUAGUUUCUCAUUGAAGCAAGUAUAUGGCAAUUUUGAAGGAGUAUAUAUUUCUUCGCCUGAAAGGCCGAAUACUCCAGUGGGGUUUCUAGACAAAACCACAAAUACCCGCUCAGUUUAUUUUCAACUUCCACAUUUUGAUGACUUGUUGGGUUUCAUUUUUUGUUUUGUUAUUCCUCAAUUCUCCGCAAAAGAAAAGGAUCGAAGUCACUCAAGCUGUCGGUGCCAGUUUGAUGCCGAUAAAAGGCUCUCUGAAAGUCAUUAUUUUGAAGGCCCCAGAGGAUGGCAUUAUUCGAUGACAGAAUUGAAUUCGGGUAAUGCCUUCCAAUGGUAUGAUCCCCUCUUUUGUGAAUUCAUAUUAGAUCAAGUUAGAAGAAAAAGAGUUGGGGAUGUGGUGUUGCUUUCAUUUGAAUUUGAGUUUGGUGAUUACUUGAUUGAAGAAUGGGGAAUUCACCCAAUAUAUGCCUCAGAAUAUAACAGUUUCCUCCAACAAAAGGAAUUGAAAUUGGGGCUAGGCAUGAAGAGACCUCGAGAUACUUGUGAUGAGGAAGAACUGCAUGCUCUAACAAAGAAAUUGAAGGCAUCUUCUAUUUAUUCUACCAACAUUGACGAGUUACUACUCUCACUGUCUGAAUUGAAUUUGGAAUUCGCGAAGGAUGGCACUCUACAAAAAUAA